UAUUAGCACCCUUCUCUACAUUGUUCUAUUUAGUUAUUAAGCCACCUACCUUUCUAACUUAUUAACAGAUUUGAUCCCACAUUUGCGAACCAGAGCAAAAGCAAUUUACCAUAUAUAGUGUUUUGCGAGUUGCGCAUAAAGUACCGCAUGAUUGCUUCGAAAUGGCAUUCCAUACUCAUCACAGCACCCAAUGGGUCAGCCAUGGACCUCCAACUGGAUAUAUGCCAGCGAUGAGCCCAGCAAUGCCUCCAUUAUCCGGGCCUCCCCAGGUUCACCAUCAACAACAUCCGCAGCAGAGUGGCCCUCAACCUCAACGUCCCGAAUCUUAUCGUUUAGAAGUAUUACAACAACCUACCAUGGCUAAAGCUGCUAAUGGUAAAGACAAGGACCGUAAACCUGUCGACCCUCCUCCAAUCCUUCAACUACACGUACCCAGCGACGAAGAUCCCGAUGGUGUAUACCGUCAAAGUCCGUAUCUAAUAGCUGUUGCAUAUUUAGAGUAUGCGCAUCCUCCGGGCCCGAAUGGCCAGUCUACACCCCCCGCAAAUAUGAUGGCGGGCACAACAGUGUCAUCAUUACACCGGCUGAAGGAUCCCACUAACAAGGAGGGGGCAUUCUUCGUAUUCGGCGAUCUUACGAUUAAGAGUGAAGGGGAAUACGUAAUUCGGUUUGAUCUGCUGCAGAUGACGAUGGAUAAUAUCGAAGAUGGCGAGUUUUGGGUCACAAUUUGUUCGGUGACGAGCGACCCCUUUAAAGUCCAUGCUGGGAGAGCCUUUCCCGGUAUGGCGGAGUCUACGUUUUUGACGCGUUCAUUCAGUGACCAGGGCGUCCGCCUUAGAUUACGAAAAGACUCGCGGCAGAUUGCCAACAAGAAAAAGAACAUGCGUAUGGCAGACAUGGACAAGCAGACAGGACAUAGGCAGGGCGGAGCUCCACAAAAUGGUGGCAUGCAACCUAUUGACGAGCGCUCCUAUCACGAUUAUGCAGAGGAACCCGUAGCAAAGAGACACCGAGCAGAAUAUUCAACGAUAAACCCCGGAACACCUACACAGGAAGGGGGACCAGAGAUGCGAUGGGGACCUUAUGGUGGUCCCGCGGGUCCUGGAUAUACGUCCCAGCAACUGGCUUUGGGGUCUGUAACUACAGGGCCACCGAGUUCAGCGACGACAGUAUCAAUGCCUCCUCCAACAGGCCGUAUCGAAACUCACUUCUCUUCGUUACAAGGCCCUCACGCUUAUGAGCGACAAUCUCCGUUAAACCACUCACCGAUCCAAUUCGGAAACCCGAACGCACCAAACUCUUCUCACCCUUUCAUCUUCACAGGAGGUUCUAACGCUGGAAACAAUCCACCAUUAAAUCUUGCUCCGAUCCCGACACAUCCCCAGAGCGCGAUGGCUUCACCAAUACAUAAUGUUUCUCCCCGAUCACACGGUCCACUAAACGGCGCACCCCCUUCGGGAACCGCGUCACCAGUAGGUCCUAAUCUAUACACUACCGCACCACCUACCUCAAAUACGCACCAGACUCAUCACUCCCCCUAUUCUAAUCAAGGGGCAUACCAAGGUAUGACGAAUGCCUACGACCACGGCAGUUUACGAGAACACGGCUUAGGAACACCUUUGACAGCGACUAUGCCGUCUGAAAGCUUGAAUGGAUCUUACCCAAUUAGCGGCGCAGAUUCUUUCGAUCACCAUCUUGGCCACAUGGUCAACAAGACGCAGCAAGACCACUGAGGAUGGCUGUUGGCCAAUAUUAUACCUCCCACGAGGAAAGAUUAUUAUUGGCGAGCUUAAAAGGCUAAUAAUUGCUGGCAUACCUACCAGCAAAAAUUUCAUACCCCUUUUCGACUUGAACGAACGCUUGACGGCUUAGAAUAAUACUUAAGAUUUCGACGUUGGCACAUUAUGAGAGUACACUUUAUUUACACAACCGUCCUGUCGUUUUUAUCGUUCCUUUUCGAAAAUACCUAUUUGUCACACGCAUCCCAUGGAACAUUGCAUCGAAAUGGAGAUUUUCCAGUUCGCAGGAAGGCAGGUGGCGUUGGUGUGUGUAUGUGCGUAUGUGCGUGCGUUGGAAUUGGUCUACAUGUUUUUUUGUUUUUUGUUUUUUCAAAGGGAAAUUGAUGCAUAGUGAGGGACAGUCGUAUUUCCUCCGGUUCAUCCUUCUGAGUUUGUACGGCAAUACGGGUUUUCAAAAGCACUUCUCUGAAAGAUACCCAAAUGGAGGCUAUUCUGCGUCAUUGGUUUCCCCAUAUUCCCCCUCCGCGCAACCAUUCGAGGUCCCCUUUGUUUACUACUACUUUACGCACGUCAAGGGGCUAAUGGAUUCGCCCCUGGAGGCUCUUGGUAUUACGAUGACAAAACCUACUACGAGCACUCUUCAAGAAUCCGACUUAAUUGCUAGAGUAAAAUAGAAAUGAAGGCAUCACUGCAAUGCUAUGCUUAAU